AUGGGCGCCCGCGACGCGCGCGAAAAAGCAGCCAGUGCUGCCCAACGGGUGCGGCACCGCACGGAAACCAUCGCACGCCAGGUGUGUCAGCGCGAGGAGCUCGCAACCUUUGCAAGGGCUUCGGGAGCAUUCUGGAACGACGUGCGUAAAGGCACGGAGGACGCUUGCAAAGACCCCGCGAAGGCUGCCAAACACGCACUGGCGCGCGUGGAAGCGAUAGCAUAUCAAGCAUGGCAACGCGAGGAGCUGGCACGCUUUGGGAGUGCAUCGGGAGCGUACUUGAAGGCCGCGCGCAAUGGAGUCGACUCUGCAUUCGAAAAAGGCAUGAAAGCUGCUCAACCUGUCGCUGAUGAGGCAAAACGGACGGCAUACCAAAUCUGGCAAAGCGAGGAGUUGGCACGAAUCAGCGGUAUCUCGCGUAAGUAUCUUCAUGACACGCAAGCUGCAGGACAGUCUGGAUACAAAAGCGCUUUGAGCACUGCUAAACGUAUUCGACAAAGCACUAAAGAAAGGGUACACCAAGCAUUGCAAGGUGAAGAGCUGGAAACUUUGGUUUCGCUUGCCAAACGCCUCAAAUCUGACGUCGAGUUAAAGAUGACUGACCCCACAUAUAUCAAUGCUCAAGCCGCAGCAAAAGCCGCGUACAGGGCUGCAGCCCGCGCUGCAAUGCAGUAUGGCCAAGACACGAAAGACGCUUUGAAACAGGCUCGGCGUCAUCAUCUCUCAAAAGCCUCUACCAAACCAACGAAGAACAAGAAGACGAGGUAA